UACACCCUUGUUUUUAUUUAAUUUUGCAAGUGUGUAUGAUGUGUUGGAUCGGCUACUAUUGAUAAAACUGGACGUUGUAGAAUUUUUUUUUUUUAAAAUUUAGUUUAUGCAGGACGAAAAAAGAAUGGAAAACAAAAAUUGGGAAAAAUUAAAAUUAAUAACUAAACAGACUAGGAAGGAAAGUAAUGAACAGAAAAUACUGUCUGAUUUGAAAAAUCUUGAUUUUAGCAAUGAUUUGGAAAUGAAUGAAAACUACUUGCUCAAUAAAGUAGUAGACUUUAUUGAGAGAAAAGGGUAUUUCUUCCUCUAUAUUUCUUUGUUGAAAAGUGGAUUUUCUAAGAAAUUUCUUGAUGCAAUGAUAGAACAGUGUCCUGUUCUUGAUAAUGAGAAGUUUUUAUCAGAGUUUGAUAUUUUUUUUAAUGGAAUUGCUCAGUGUGAAAAUGAUGGUAAAGAAUAUUUGCUUUUAUCUGAAAAUAUUGAUUUUUCUGAUGCAUUUUUUAAUUAUAACUAUGGGAAAGAUACAAACUUGCAUGACAGUUUGAAUAUUAAUUUUACUGAUCAUACUCAAUGUUUAAAUAUUAAUGGUUUUUUUGAGGAAAAGGCUGAAAGAUUAGCCCCAAAUAAAUGCAAGUUGGAAAAAUUAAUACUCUAUGACAAUGGCCAUAAAUCAGUGAUUAUUGAAAAGAAAUUUGAUAAACAAAAUUAUUUGUUUACUCCAGAUAGUUCUUGUCAGUUAAUAAUUAAUAGGUUUAAUGAAAGGGAUACAUAUACAAUUGUAUUGGAUAUCACAUCUGGUGAAAUUAUUAAUGUAGAAUUAAAAAUUAAUGGUAAAAAUUAUAAUCCCCCAAAAAUAUUAGAUUUAAUGUCAAGUAAUGAAAAAAUUUUAAUAAAGAAUUUGAAUCUGUCUGAAAUCUUGGCAUCAUAUUUUGAUAACGAAAAAGAGUUGCAUGUUGACAUUAAAUGUUUACAGAAUGAAUGUCUACCAAUAAAAUCCUUGAAUGACCUUAAAAAUUGGAAACCCCCAUCAAUUAAGCAUAUCACAGCCCCAUUAAGAAAAAGAGUAACAGACGAAAAUUACAUUAAAACUCUAGUUUGCCAUGAUAUGAAAGGUGGAUAUUUGGAAGAUAGAUAUAUUAAUGGUGUUAAUCAAGAAAAUUGCUUCUUCUUUGUGCAUUGGGCUGCAGUAGAUAUUUUUGGAUAUUUUAGUCACCAUUUAGUAUCAAUUCCUCCUUGCUCAUGGAUUUCAGCUGCUCAUAUUAAUGGUGUACAAGUAAUAGGUACUUUCAUAACUGAAUGGGAUGAAGGUGUGGAAGUUUUUGAAAAUGUUUUCACUGAUAAAAAAUCAAUUCAUGAAUUGUGCAAGCAGUUGGUCAAUAUUGCAACCUAUUACAACUUUGAUGGAUGGCUAAUAAAUAUUGAAAAUGAAGUGAAGCCAUAUCAAAUUCCUUUGUUGAAGUAUUUUGUGAAGUCUUUAACAACUAUGAUGCAUGCAUACAUUCCUGGAUCUCAAGUGAUUUGGUAUGACAGUGUUCUUAAAAAUGGUGAUCUAUCAUGGCAAAAUUGUUUGAAUGAUCUGAAUAGAGUAUUUUUUCUGAAUGCUGAUGCAAUCUUUUUGGACUAUCACUGGAAUGAAGAGAAAUUGCUGCUUACAAAACUUCAAGCAGGUGAUCGCUGUGCAGAUGUUUAUGUAGGAGUUGAUGUGUUUGGAAGAGGCAACUGUUUUACAGAAGGAGGAUUUUCAACAGACAUUUCUGUCAAAGAAAUUAGAAAACAUGGAUUAUCGGCUGGAAUCUUUGCUCCUGGAUGGGUCUAUGAAUGUCUUGAAAUAAAGGACUUUAAAGAAAAUCAAUUCAAAUUUUGGGGUUCCUUACAAGAAUUGAUUCCCCCCAGAAUUUUUGGAGACUUGCCAUAUUGUUCAUCUUUUUGUCCUGGAUUUGGUGAUAAAAUGUUUAGGAAUGGAAAGGUGAUAGAUGAUAAACCAUGGUAUAACAUGAAUCUUCAGCAGCCACAACCAAUUUACUACUCUUCACCAGAAAAAGGCCUUACAUUAUACAGUGAUGAUGCAUUUAAUGGUGGAGGAUGCCUGUGUUUAUCAGGAAGUAUCAUUAAUGAAGAAAAGGCUAUUGAAUUUAAUAUUUUAAAAACAUCUUUUUGCUUGGAAAAUGCAUGUCUCAUCACUUACACUUUUAAGCCAUUAGUGAAAGAUAUGGAUAUAGGAUUGUGUUUGGAUAUGCUUUCAAGUCAAGAACAAUACAAAUUAUACUUAGUUGACUUCAAAAGCAAGGUGCAUUCAGAUAAUAACCCUUCUGUUAAACGUUUGACUCCAAUACCAACAGAUGAAAUUUUAAAAACAGGAUACAAAAUUGAUCAAGAAAUUUUUGAACAACAGACUUGGAUUAAAAGAAUGUUUCUCUUAAAUGCAGAUGAUUUCAGUUACCACUGUAUUCAAAAUAUUUCUGUGGUAGCAUCUUGGAAAAAGGCCACGGCUGAAACUGCUUCUAUUCUUUUGGGAGAACUUGAAGUCUUACCUUUGUAUCCUGUUUGUAAUUUGACGUACGAAGAUUUGACUUGCAAGCGUGCCCCUGCUGACUCCCAAACUAUAGACGUGGAAUGCAUUCUGAAGUGGCAGCCUCAUUCUUCGAUAUUUUGCUAUGACUUAUAUAUACAGGUCUUAAAUGAAGAUAAGCGAUUCAUUUGCACCACUAAUCAAACUUUUUGCAAACUAAAAUGCAAUGUCAACUUGGCAUCUGAAAUGAUUAUAAUUUUACAUCCAAAAACCGCUGGCAGUGAAAGUUUCCCUGCCGCGUCCAUCAGAAUACCAUUAGAAGCCUGACACUUUUACAUAUCACUAUGUAAAAAGUAUUGUCACGUUUUGUACAUUUUAUUAAUUUUGAUAAAGAAAAUGAAGUUUUCCAUAUAUUAAAUAAUGAAUUCUUUUUUAUAAUUGCUAUUGGCUGUUUUAUAUCAAGAAAAGAAUUGUGUGUGUAGAUACAAAAAUAAUUUAUCAAAAUGAAUUCAGAAGUGAUGUCCAAUCUUUUUAUAUUGGUGAUUAAUUUUUUUCACAUUGAAAGAUGAAUUUCGUAAUGAAAAAUAAUGCUUAAUUAUUAAUGUUAAUUUAAUUGCCGAAAGAUAUUUGCUACUUUAAGAAAACUGUACUUGGAAAGUACCAGUUGAAGGGAAAGGUAGUGAAAAUUCAAGUUACUUGUAAAGAUUUAAAUCAGACAAUUCGAAGGAAGUAAACUUUCUUUUUUGUUGCCAAAAUCAUGCACUGUUCAAUAAAAGUUCAGUUGUUAAAAUGUGGAAUGAUAAUAGCUUAAAAAUCAAUCAUGAGAAGUUUUUUGCAUGUGUUUAUUUAGAAAAGUUAAUUUAAAAUGUUUUGUUAGUUCAUAUUUUCAGUUUAAGCAUGAAUGGUUUUAAAUCUUCAUAGUUUUUUUUUAAUAGAAUUUAUCUCUUAUAAAAAAAAAAAUCAAUAAAUUUUGUUGGUCUUAAAUAUUUUCAGAAAAAAUGGAACAAACUUUAAUUACGACGCACCGUAAUUAAGAAAUAAAAUAAUAAAAAGAAGCAUCAAUUAAUCCAAAUUACAAAACAGUUGAAAAAUUCAUUUAAAUAUUGAUACAUUUUAACGAAAUAUCUUCAAGCGAAAAUGAUUUUCGAAACUACUUUUUAAUAGUGUACUAAAUAUGGAUGAAACAUAUUUUAAUUAAUUAUGAAAUUUGUUAAAUUAAAACAGUUUGCAAUGGCACGAUAACUUUGUUUGUGAUUUUCAUUAAUUACUUUUUUUACACUUAUGCCAUUCUAUUGGGAUAAGGCAUCUUUCAAAAUUAAAUUGGCGUUCUGAUUUCUAUGUCUGUUGUCUUGUGAGCCUGAUUUCUCUGAAUGUCAAAGAAAUGAUUACUUGUCUUUGUUGAAAUCAAUAAAAUCAAAUAAAAA